GGAUUGACGUCACGGACGGUAUACGAACAACAGAGGUUGCUUAGAUUUUUAAUUCGAAAAAAUAGAAAUAAAGUUUGUUUCGGUAUAUUAAUAUUAUAAACGAGUGAAAUAGUACAUAACGUUGCCGUGUGAGUGUUAUGGUGUUGUUACCUAUGAAAUUGUAAGUUAUUUUUUAACCUAAUCUAAUCUAGAAGAUCUCUGAUAUUUUAAGCCCAGAAGAGGGUACACUUAUACGGAUCUCUGAUUGCAUAGUAGCAUUGUCAGCAACUAGUUGCCGAGUUUAGUUAGCGCCAUCUUCUGCACAAUAGUAUUAACAGCCACUAAGCUCAAUAUGCCAAAGUGUGGAGCAUGUGGUAAAUUUCUAACGUCGACAGGUGCCGUUGCUUGUACCGUUUGUCCCAUUAUGUUUCAUCGUGGAUGUCUAUUAGUAUCUGAAACAACAAAUAUAAGCAAAGAUUGGGCUUGCCCAGAAUGCAAAAAAAAAUCACGAAAAGGAGACAAUAGUUCUACUCCUGUAAGAGGGAUAUCUGGUAACAUAUCACAAGAUAAUGUGCCCCGGGAGGUCACUAUUAGCUCACCCUGCAGCAGUUUGUCUCAGACAUUAGACAUCAAAUCGGGUGAGGAAUCUAUUGCACAAGAGCUAAGUCGCCAGCUCGUUACCUGCACAGCUGAGAUGCGAGAACUCCGAAAGGAGAUUGGUGAACUUCGUGCGUCCGUAUUAGGGUUUAGUGAGCGUAUGGAUGGCAUCGAGCGUAGGCUUGAGAUAAUUGAGCAAAGGCAGAAACCAACCGGAGUUGAGGUUGCUGAACUGGAGCGAACGGUGAACUUAUUGAAGCUGGAGCUCAACGAUCGGGACCAAGAGGCGCUGCUCACAGAUCUGGAGAUCGGGCAUCUACCGGAAGAAAAGGGUGAAAAUAUCAUUCACACAGUGUCCGUGCUUGCGGUUAGGCUAGGUGUGCCAUUAGAGGAGCGAGACAUAGUGUUUGCAGAGCGCAUCGGAGCGGUGCAAGCGGUGGUGAGCGGCGGGUCGCCCGGUGGCGUUGCGCCGCGCGGCCGCCGCGUCGUGGUGCGGCUGGCGCGUCGCCAGCUGCGUGACGAGCUGCUGCGCGCUGCGCGUGUGCGUCGCUCCGUCACAACCUCUGAACUAGGCGCGACCGCCCCGCCACACCGACUUUACGUUAACGAACGGCUAACCCGAUACAACAGACAGCUCUUCCACAAAGUCCGUGAGGCGUGCCGUAGAUUCUCGUGGCGUUACUCGUGGACAAAGAGAGGUCGCAUAUACGCCCGCCAAGGUGAAGGGAAGCCGGCCUGCUACAUUCGUACGGAGGAUGACUUUAUUCGUAUUUUUGGUUCCGAUAUGGUUUGAAGUAAUGUCUCAUCAUAAUUUAGAAAUAAAGUUAAAUAUAUAUUUUAUACUAAAUUAUAAUAUUAGGAAGAUAGUGUACUAUAUACUUCUUUAUCUCAACUAUGUGGGGAAACUUUAUUUGGAACAAUAUAUACAGCCAUUAUAUUAUAAAUAUUAUUUUUACUCAUUAUAUCAUAUUAUAUAUAUUAACUUUAUAAAACAUCCAUUAUUUUAUGUAUAUUAUUUAUUUAUUUUUAAUUAUGACUACGCCAUACUACUGCACGGUAGAAUGUAUACAUCAUUAAUAUGUUUGUUACCGAACUUAACAUCUGUAUCUAUUUAUAACACAUAUGCUGAUUAUUUACUAGUUUUUAUCAUAAAGAAUAAUCUGCUCAUAUACUAUUUGCAACGGGUAAUUUAAAAUACUUAAAAAUCGGUUUGUUAAACGCAGGCUCCUUAGGUUCUAAGCAUGAGGAAUUUAUAAUAGCCAUGAAAGAGCUUAAGCCGGACAUUAUGGCCAUCAAUGAGACAUGGCUUAGAGCCGGGAAGAGGGGAAAGCUCCCAUACUGGAUGAAUAUCGUUUGCGACAUAAUCCUAGGCCUCAGCAAAUUAAAAAAGGAAGAGGCGGUGGAGUAGGUACAUAAAAAUUUAGCAUUUAAAAUUUGUCCGCAUCCUUCUACUCCUACUGUUGAACAGAUGUGGAUAAAAAUGAAAUUUUCAGGAGUCAACCUUAUCGUUGGGACAGCAUAUAGACCCCCUUGGCUAGACGUUAAUAUUUUUUUAGAUGCGAUAGCUGAAUCAGUCUCCACUUUAGGUAACGCCGAUAAGGUUAUCUUAGUUGGUGAUUUUAACAUUAAUCUUUUGGAGAGUGGAAACAACAAGACCAUAUUACUAAACCAAUUUUUAGAAUGUCAUAGCUUGAAACAAGUUGUUGAUACUCCGACACAUUUUACUAGCCACAGCGAAACAUUAAUAGAUUUGAUCUGUUCUGAUGCUCGAGUACGAAAUACCCUAGUCAAAUACAUACCCGAUUUGGAAAGCCAUGCCAUUGUUACUGCUGAAUUUAAUAUAAAAAAGGAAAAACCUAGUCCUCGUUACUUAACAUAUAGACCACUAAAUAAUAUUGUUACAGAAUUAUUUAUCCGUGAUUUAGAGAACAUUAAUUGGUCACUAUGUACAAAUUUUAAUGACGUUAAUGACAUGGUUACUUAUUUUUGUUCUGUUACAAGCAUUCUCUUCGAUCUACAUGCUCCACUUAAAACCACUCGUUUCAAAUCACCACCUCACCCUUGGAUUACGGAUACAGUACGGAAAAUGAUCAAAAUUCGCGACGACUAUCAUGCUAAAUACAAAAAAACAAAAAAUAACACAUUUAAAAAUUGUUAUAAAAACAUGAAGCAGAUAGUAACAGAAGCUAUGAC